UUUUUUGUGUGUGCAAAGUCGGAAAUUUUUCUAUUUAAAUCAAGCAGGCCCAGUUUAUUGAAUUGUUGUGACGUGGCCGUUCGGCAGACAGGAUUCUAUUGUUCCUAGUAAAUCAAGUUAUAUUAAAAAUGAAAUACUAUCUGUUGUUGGGGCUUUUGCUCGUAUCAGGCAUAAGUCAGAUUGCCGCUGAGGAUGAGGCAGGUGCCGAGAAAAUUGACCUGGAUUUGGGUGCAUUCAAGGAAGGCUCCAGAACUGAUGCUGAGACCCUGAAACGGGAGGAGGAGGCCAUCCAGCUGGAUGGACUGAAUGUUGCGCAGCUGAAAGAAUUACGCGAAAAGGCGGAGAAGUUCACCUUCCAGACAGAAGUGAACCGCAUGAUGAAACUAAUCAUCAAUUCGCUGUACCGCAACAAGGAGAUCUUCCUGCGUGAAUUGAUCUCGAACGCCUCCGAUGCCAUUGACAAGAUUCGUCUGCUGGCCCUCACCGACAGAAAGGAGCUGGAGAGCAACCCCGAGCUGCAUAUCCGCAUCAAGGCUGACAAGGAGAACAAGGCCCUGCAUAUCAUGGACUCGGGCAUUGGCAUGACACAUCAGGACCUGAUUAACAAUCUGGGCACAAUUGCCAAGUCCGGCACUGCCGAUUUCCUGGCCAAAAUGCAGGAUCCCAGCAAGGCGGAGGCUGGGGACAUGAACGACAUGAUUGGGCAGUUCGGUGUGGGCUUUUACUCGGCUUUUUUGGUCGCUGACCGUGUGGUGGUCACCACCAAGCACAACGACGAUAAGCAGUACAUCUGGGAGUCGGACGCCAACAGCUUUACCAUCACCGAAGAUCCCCGUGGCGAUACCCUCAAGCGGGGCUCGAUCAUUUCGCUGUACCUGAAGGAAGAGGCCCAGGACUUCCUGGAGGAGGAAACCGUACGCGAGCUGAUUCGCAAAUAUUCGCAGUUCAUCAACUUCCCCAUUCUGAUGUGGUCCAGCAAAACGGUCGAUGAGGAGGUGCCCGUGGAGGAGGACGCCGUGGCCGAGCCAGAAAAGACCGAAGAUGACGUGGAAGAUGUCGAUGAAGAGGCCAAGGUUGAGGAGGCCGCCGAUGACGACAAGCCAAAGACAAAGAAGGUGUCCAAGACCAUCUGGGAUUGGCUGCUGAUCAACGACAGCAAACCCAUUUGGACUCGCAAGCCGGCCGAUGUAACAACCGAGGAGUACAACAACUUCUACAAGAGCCUGACCAAGGACUCGAGCGAACCCCUCAGCCAGACCCACUUCAUCGCCGAGGGUGAAGUAACCUUCAAGAGUUUGCUGUACGUGCCCAAGGUACAGCCAUCCGAGUCAUUCAACCGCUACGGCACCAAGUCCGACAACAUCAAGCUGUACGUUCGUCGUGUCUUCAUCACCGACGAGUUCAAUGACAUGAUGCCCAACUUCUUGAGCUUCAUCCGCGGUGUUGUCGACUCUGACGAUCUGCCUCUGAAUGUGUCGCGUGAAACGCUGCAGCAGCACAAGCUGAUCAAGGUUAUCAAGAAGAAGCUGGUGCGCAAGGUACUCGACAUGCUCAAGAAGCUCGACAAGGAGUCCUACGAACAGUUCUGGAAGGAGUUCUCCACCAACAUUAAGUUGGGCGUCAUGGAGGAUCCCAGCAACCGAUCUCGCCUGGCCAAGCUGCUGCGCUUCCAAACCUCCAAUGGCAAGGGCGUUACCUCGCUGGCCGAGUAUGUGGAGCGCAUGAAGUCGAAGCAGGACCACAUCUACUACAUCGCUGGUGCCAAUCGCGUUGAGGUCGAGAAGUCGCCGUUCGUUGAGCGUCUGCUGAGCAAGGGCUACGAGGUGCUCUUCCUGGUCGAGGCUGUUGAUGAGUACUGCAUCUCGGCCCUGCCCGAAUUCGAUGGCAAGAAGUUCCAGAACGUGGCCAAGGAGGGAUUCAAGCUGAACGAGUCCGAGAAGAGUAAGAAGAACUUCGAGUCGCUGAAGGGCGCCUUUGAGCCUCUCGUCAAAUGGCUGAGCGAUGUCGCUCUCAAGGAUCAGAUCUCCAAGGCUCAGGUGUCGGAGCGUUUGAGCAAAUCGCCGUGUGCCUUGGUGGCUGGCGUUUUCGGCUGGACCGGCAACAUGGAGCGCCUGGCGAUGUCCAAUGCCCACCAGAAGUCUGAUGAUCCCUCACGCAGCUACUACCUUAGCCAGAAGAAAACUUUUGAGAUCAAUCCCCGGCAUCCACUGAUGCGCGAGCUGUUGCGUCGCGUCGAGGCUGACGAAGCCGAUGACACCGCCAAGGAUAUGGCCGUUAUGAUGUUCCGCACUGCCACUCUACGCUCUGGCUAUAUGCUCCAGGAGACGGCCAACUAUGCCGACAGCAUUGAGCAAAUGAUGCUCCAGACAUUGGGUGGGUCUCUGGACGAACAAAUCGAAUUGGAUGAGGAUGACGACACCACUGCCGAGGAUACCGAGUCGGGUAGCCAAGAGAACAACGAGAACAUCAAUGCCGAUGACGAUGAGGAGGAUCAGGCACAUGAUGAGCUGUAAAUCUACCGCUGCAGCGUACCACAUAAAUUGUAUAUAGGAGUGUGGAAGUCAGACUGAGUUUAUUUACAACACCUUCUGGACGGGCGUUGAGAGGAAGCUGCCGCCGUUUCAUCAAUAUUAAUACCUAGACACGUCUUUAGAUAUUAAGUAACACAAUUUCGUAAUUAUUAUGUGGCCCCAUCAUUACCACAAAACAAAUUCAGAAAGCUCUCCAUAAGACAUAAACAUACUUGAAACAUUCGCCUGGAAGAAGGUUGAACUCUUAUAGAUUUUAUUUUGAUGCAAUGAGAAUGAGAAAUGUAUGCAUGCAAAUCGUACUAAGUAACAAGAUUCCAAUACAAAUAAAGAGUGUUUAAUCAGUUCUCCAA